AUGAAUCCUGCCGACUGCCAAAUCUACCCUGACGCUCAGGUCCUUCAUCAAGACCGAUAUGUCGCUGCCGUUCCGCCAUAUCACAAUGUCUCGGACGCUAUAGCGAAGACGCCUCGGCUGAAGGAGGUCUGUGAUAGUUGCUCCGCGGCAAAGGUGCGGUGUAGCAGGGAUAAGGAUGGCUGCAAUCGAUGCCUAGCGAGAGGCAUCGAAUGCGUGUACAGCGCCUCGCGCCGAGUGGGUCGACGAAGGGGGCCUCGACACAGGAAGAGGACGACGAGUAUCAGCUCUGUGAUCAAUUGUCCUUCUUCGCCCUCGACUUCGCUCGUGGAUUGCACCGAGUCCGAUGCGUCCCCUCUGAUGACGUACUUGCCCAUGCCUGGAGAUAGCCUUGACAAGGCUGCUCUGGACAACCCCUAUCUCUGGUCGCUGCCGCCGCAUCCUGAAGACCCGACCGUUCAGUUCCCUGUGGAUCACGGACUAUACGGCAUGCAGGACUAUGACCUCAACCAGUCGUUCAUGUUCCCAAUGGAGCCAACCAACACAUUCCCGGGGACUCUCUCGCCUCCUGAGGCACUCACGCCUGUCAAGACAUCUAAGUCUUCAAGCGUUGUCUCGGAGAUAAAGGAGCCCAAGCUCAAACAGCGCGAGGAUUCUACCACUUCCUCCUCCACUUCCUCCUCGAUGGACUCUAGCCUUCUCCCUCGCCGCAGCUCAUCCUCCAGCGACUUGAACCUCUCCAUGGAUCCCGCAGCAGACAGCCGCAUCCACAGCAGCCACAUUACCAGCGUCUACGACGAACUGCAAGGCCUGACAAUCUUCGCGUUCUCCAUGGAACAGAAAUUCGACGCCGUCGUCCGCCAGCAGAUGAGUUGUCGACCGGCGUCGUCAUCGGAUUUCGGCCUCCCGCUUGAGGAGCUGCUGAGCAAACCUGAUGAUGGCAGUAAUGGAAAGGGACGAAACGAGCCGGGGCAAUUAGAGAGUGCUUAUUAUUAUUCGCUGGCAGAGUUGAGGAGGAGGUUGAAGUGGUUAAGAGAGGAUGUGGGAAAUAUGAUCCCGCAGCCUGGUGGGAAGCCCGCUGAUGGGUUCGCUGCUUGA